AUGCGUGCUGUUAGACUCUUCUAUUUCAACAUUGAAGAUCUUAUUAUAGGAGUGCUUGUGAGCGAGCCAGAGGAAGAAAAAUGGAAAAGGGACUCUUGGAGAAAAACAAAGCUGGUGAAUGAAGAGGAUCAUCUAUCCAUAACAUGGCGUGUGUUUGCUCAAGAAGUGAAAGCAGUUUGUUGUGUAGCAGGGCCUAUGGUGGCUGUGAAUGCGUCAACCUUCUUUCUGCAAACCAUCGCUUUGAUGAUGGCGGGUCACUUGGGAAAACUUGCUCAAUCUAGCACUGGUGUUGCCAUUUCACUUUGUGCUGUCACUGGCUUUAGCGUCAUCUUUGGAUUGGCUUCUGCACUUGAAACAUUAUGUGGGCAAGCCUAUGGAGCUAAACAAUAUAAGAAGUUUGGUGUUCAAAUUCAAACUGGCAUCUUUUGUCUUAUUUUAUGUUGUCUUCCUCUGUGUGUCUUGUGGCUAAACUUGGGGAAGCUGCUGGUUUUACUUGGUCAAGAUCCUUUAAUUGCACAUGAAGCAGGCGAAUUUGCAGUUUGUUUGAUUCCUGCGCUCUUUGGGUAUGCAAUACUUCAAGCCCUAGUUCGAUACUAUCUUAUGCAGAGCUUGAUCACCCCUCUUGUUCUCUCUUCUUCAUUUAUCAUCUGCUUCCACAUAGUUUUCUGUUGGACAAUGGUUUUUAAAUCUGGAAUGGGUCGUUUUGGCGGAGCGUUUGCCAUUGGUAUUUCAUAUUGGUUGAAUGUGAUCUUGCUUGCGUUAUAUAUGAAAUUCUCUGAUUCUUGUGCAAAGACUCGGACUCCUAUAUCUAUGGAGCUUUUCCAAGGCAUUGGAGAGUUCUUUCGCUUCGCUAUUCCUUCAGCUAUAAUGGCUUGCCUCCAAUGGUGGUCAUAUGAAGUGACGACAUUGCUCGCUGGUCUUCUAAGGCCAAACCCAGAGCUUGAAACUUCAAUCUUAGCUGUUUGUGUAUCAAUGAAUGUUACAAUCUAUUCCAUACCAGAAUCAAUUGGUUCAGCAGCCAGCACAAGAGUUUCAAAUGCAUUAGGAGCUGCAAGUCCAGAAUCGGCGCGAGUAUCUGCUUUAUGUUCUAGGAUUCUAGCAACGUGUGAGGCUCUUUUAGUGAGCUCAAUCGUUUUUGUGAGCCGUAAUGUUUUGGGUAAUGUUUUUAGCAGUGAGCCUGAAGUGAUACAUUACGUGAAAGACAUAGCUCCUCUGUUAGUCAUGUCUGUUUUUGUGGACUCCUUACAAGGUACCCUUACAGGAAUUGCUAGGGGAAGUGGGUGGCAGCACAUAGGGGCAUAUGUGAAUUUUGGAUCUUAUUAUGUGGUUGGCAUUCCACUGGCUGCAAUAUUGGGUUUCUGGGUAGGCAUGAGAGGAAAAGGCCUUUGGCUUGGAAUAACGACUGGUACAAUCUGCCAAGUGAUUGUGCUAUUGAUCAUAAUCGGUCAUACAGAUUGGAUAAAAGAGGCAAGACAGGCUAGGGAGAGGACAUUGCAGAGAACAUUGGAGGAAGAAGAAGAGGAAAAUGGUUUGAUUUCGGCAACAAGAGUGUAG